AUGGCUAACGUCCAGCGAGUCGUCAUCUCGCUCAUAGUCAUCCUGACCGCCACGUUUUUGUUCAUGGGUCAGACUGCAGAAGCUGCCAAAGGACCCAAGAUCACCCACAAGGUUUACUUUGAUAUCCAACACGGUGACGAGCCUAUGGGCCGAAUCGUCCUGGGUCUGUAUGGAAAGACUGUCCCGAAGACCGCUGAGAACUUCCGCGCAUUGGCAACUGGCGAGAAGGGAUUUGGUUACGAAGGAUCUACUUUCCACCGUGUCAUCAAGAGCUUCAUGAUCCAGGGGGGUGAUUUUACCAAAGGAGACGGCACCGGUGGCAAGUCCAUCUACGGAGACAAGUUUGAAGAUGAGAACUUCAAGUUGAAGCAUAGCAAAAAGGGCCUGCUGAGUAUGGCCAAUGCCGGGAAAAACACCAAUGGAUCUCAAUUCUUCAUUACCACAGUCGUCACCAGCUGGCUGGACGGCCGUCACGUCGUCUUUGGGGAGGUGCUCGAAGGUUAUGAUGUCGUUGAACAGAUCGAAAACGUUCCCAAAGGCGCAGGAGACCGUCCAGCCAAACCUGUCAAAAUCGUGAAAAGCGGAGAGCUGGAGGUGCCAGCUGAAGGUAUUCACGCCGAGCUUUAG